ACAUUUCACAUUAAUUCCGUACGAAUUACUAGUCUUUUCUUGAACUCUUUCACCCCACUCAAACAUUAUUGCAAAAUGGCCAAUAUUUCCAAGUGCAGAAAUAGGAUAAAUUUGGUGGAUUUCGAUGCAUUGCUGACUGUGUUGUUGGCUGGGAGAGCAAUCUCGUAGACCAGGACAAAUCAAUGACAGAUCGUCAGUUAAGGUGAGGGGAUAAUCUAUUGUGGUAGGUGGGAUCCGUCGUCACAAAUUGCUGAGCUAUAAAUAAAACAGCGUUCAAUCAUUCACGUCUCUAAGAGAUUUCGGGUUUGGGUUCAGAUUCAGAAUAAGAAAUGGAUGAGAUGAUCGAGCAUAAAGGGUACGCCAGAGUUGGAUUGUUAGGUAAUCCCAGUGAUGUUUACUACGGCCGUACCAUCUCUUUCAGUCUUGGUAACUUCUGGGCCACUGUCAAAUUACAGCCCUCCGAUCAUCUCAUUAUCAAGCCUCACCCCGUCCACGAUCUCGUCCAAUUUCAAUCUCUUCAUCACCUGGUGAAUAGGUUGCAAAAUGAAGGUUAUUAUGGAGGAGUGCGAUUGCUUGUGGCCAUCUGCAAAGUUUUCCAUAGCUAUUGUAGGGACAACAAUAUUGAUCUUCACGACAGAAAUUUUACUCUAUCUUAUGAUACAAAUAUCCCUCGACAGACAGGACUUUCAGGUUCCAGUGCCAUUGUAUGUGCUGCCUUGAGCUGCCUACUUGACUUUUACAAUGUCAGACAUUUGAUCAAAGUGGAAAUCAGGCCAAAUCUUGUCCUUAGUGCCGAGAAAGAACUUGGUAUUGUCGCUGGUCUUCAAGAUCGAGUGGCACAAGUCUAUGGCGGCCUUGUUUACAUGGAUUUUAGUAAGGAACACAUGGAUAACUUGGGGCAUGGCAUCUACACACAAAUGGAUACCAAUCUUCUUCCACCUCUCCAUCUUAUCUAUGCUGAGAAUCCAAGCGAUUCUGGGAAGGUCCAUAGUACCGUUCGUCAAAGGUGGCUUGAUGGUGACGAGUUUAUUAUAUCAUCAAUGAAGGAAGUUGCAAGUAUCGCGGAAGAAGGCCAGACAGUGAUACUUGAAAAGAACUAUCCAAAACUUGCUAGGCUCAUGAAUCGCAAUUUUGACCUUCGGAGGAGCAUGUUUGGAGAUGCUGCAUUGGGCGAUUUAAACAUAGAAAUGGUGGAGGUUGCGCGGCGAGUGGGUGCUGCUUCAAAAUUUACUGGCAGUGGAGGAGCAGUGGUUGCAUUUUGCCCUGAUGGCCCUUGGCAAGUUAAGCUUCUGGAGGAUGCAUGUCAUAAAGCCGGAUUUUCAAUUCAACCAGUGAAAAUCCUGCCUUCUUGCCUAACUGCUGUUGAUAAAAUUACCCUUUCAAAGACAAGUCUGUGAGUUUAGAGCUCUAAAGGAGUAAAAACCAACCAAAUCAGGAAAUAUGCUUCAUCUGUUUAUCCGAUUAUCGUGUGAUUGUCUUUAAAGUUGAACUAGCCAUGAAGGUGCAAACAUGAUAUGAUAAGCCUUAGAAUAAUUGUUUCAACUACAAAAAUAUCCUUCGUACUUAAA